AUGUUGAACUAUAACGUCACAGUCCCUUACAAGAUCCCAGAAGUUUCAGUCGGCUCCCAAUAUCGAAUGAUUGAAGUAGGCGCUGCAUUACAACUGUUGCGUCUAUUAUGGUCUUUUUUCACAAUUUCGAGGGUGCUGGUCGUUAUUCUCAUCGUGACAAACUUGAAAAGCUUACCUUUGAUAUGGCAUUUGCGGAUUGUCAACGCCUUUCGCUUUAUCUGUAAAACUCAGAGACCAGAGACCCCCGUCGGACCUGAACAGCUCUUCCUCCCGCUCAUUACAACAUCGCAUGCUCCAAUAAUGGAAAUUGACUUUAACGGCCACAAGUCAAAUUCAUCAUACUUUUCCGAUAUCGACAUCGCACGAACCCAUCUUGUAUGUACGCUCUUCGCCAAGGGUAUUUCACACUUUCGAGGGGGAACCACCGCUAUCACUGGAUCAAAGUAUCCGCUGUUCGGUCUGGCACUAGGUGCUGUGAGCUGUUCGUUCAAGAGAGAAUUGAAGCCAUACGAGACAUAUGAAAUGUGGUCAAGGGUUCUGUCAUGGGAUGAGAAAUGGAUAUACAUAGUCACGCACUUUGUACGGAAAGAUGUCGUUCUACCGCGCAAGUACACACUGUAUCCGGAGCAAAAUGAGGCAAAGCAACGUGAAACCGAAGGGGAUGACACCUCUUGGCUCAAGAUCUUAGACGGAAACAAAGCAGUUGUUGCUACAGCUCUCAGCAAAUGUGUGUUCAAAUCAGGACGGCGAACAGUAUCUCCUAUGAUAAUGCUUCGGGAGUCUGGUCUUCUACCUGCUGAAAGUGCAUCGGGCGAUAAUAAUGUUGAAGAGUUUCAGUUGCCAACCUCGACCGGCUCUUCCGAUUCAGGGAUCGAUAUCGGCUCUGGCGAAGAGGAAGGAUUUUCUUUGGCAUGGAUAGAGAAGAAACGCCUACGGGGCAUGAAAGCUGCAAUUGCACUCGGGGGAAAGGCUCAAACUGAGUUAGAACAAGAGUUUACAGCGGAGAAUGAUGCACUCGGUCGACACAGUGACGGGUCGGGAAUAGUAGGGGUCGUUUCCACGCUUGCGGAAUUGGCACAUUUACCUGCAUGCAAAGGAGUCUUAUGA